AUGGCUACGGAGAAAGAAGUCCCCCAUGUUGAGCAGAAGCACUACAUGGACUACUCCGAGCUGGACUCAGUCCGAGGCAAGUUGCUAGAGUUUUGUGACGGGGCAAGUGCCUUGCAGGAUCUGGAAUGGAAGGAGCAUAUGCUCUCUGGCGUUGCGGAAGUCACCCACGCAUAUCUGAUCUGGACCUUCCACCUUAUACAAUUAGCGAAAAGGCACCUGUGUAUGGCGACGCAAUACAUGCAGGAGGACGCAUCCGCCAGGCCGUCGGGUGCACGAGGCGAAUACAAGAAAAUUCCCAGUCCUGACUCUCUACUUCCUCAACGCCUCCCCCGCUUCAUCCGCACCGCCUUCCUGCUCGAGGAGCUGCGCCUCCCAUACACCUGCCACGGCAUUCAGAGGGCUGCUAGGUCAAGGCUCUGCUUAUGUGUGAUAUUUGCUUGA